AUGGAUUCUGACGAGGAAGACGGCGGCGACGCCAAAGAGAAAGGCACGAUGGUUGAUGGCACGAUGGAAUUUCAUCAUGCAGGAGACGGCUUGAAGCGUGGUUCCGUGGCGGGCGCGGCGGCGGGCUACGAGGUGACAGCGGGGGCGGUGGGGGGAGGGGAUGCGGGCGGCGGAGCUGGCGGGAUGCUGCCGCAUGAGCCGCACGCGCUGCCCCACGAGCAGCGCAAGAGGAAAGGUCCGCAUUUCACUGAGGGUUACGAGAUGUCUGCCUGUGAAGUGCCCCACACCACAACCUCAGCCGCUCCCAUCCACAUGGAACAGCCCGCUAGCGCCACCCGGAAGAGGAAACCCUCGUCCUAUUCCGGAACUAUUACCUAUGAAGACGAUGCAACUGAAGACGCAAGAUCCACCCGAACAUUACCCGACAAGAAACAGAACCACAGCGAGAUAGAGAAGCGUCGUCGCGACAAGAUGAACACGUACAUCUCCGAAUUGAGCGCGAUGGUGCCCAUGUGCGGGGCCAUGGCACGAAAGCUGGAUAAGCUGACUGUGUUGCGCCUAGCCGUGCAACACCUUCGUUCCGUACGCGGCGCACUGUCCGCCGGCCCGCUAACAGUCCGACCACGCCCCGCUUUCCUCUCCGAACGGGAGCUCAACGCGCUAGUUCUACGCGCCGCUACGGAUUGCUUCCUCAUGGUUGUCGGUUGCGACCGCGGGCGGCUGCUCUACGUAUCCGCUAGUGUCACUAGAAUGCUGCAUUAUGAUCAGUCAGAGCUGCUAGGCCAGAGUCUGUUCGACAUCCUCCAUCCUAAAGACGUGUCCAAGGUGAAGGAACAGCUUUCUUCGUCUGACCUGAGUCCGCGAGAGAGGCUCAUCGACGCAAAGACGAUGUUGCCAGUGAAGGCUGAUGUGGUGAGCGGCGCUUCGAGGCUGUGCCCCGGUGCUCGGCGCUCAUUCUCUUGCCGCAUCAAGUGCCGGUCGCUCGCGUUGCCCCCCACGCAACGGCCCGAUGUCAAGGAAGAGGACCGGAAACAUCGAUCCAAGGGCAGCGAUAAGAAGUACUGCGUUGUCCAGUGUACAGGCUAUCUCAAGUCGUGGGCACCAGCCGAAAUGUCCGAAACUGGGAGUACCAGCGAGUGUAGUGCUGAGGAGGAAGCUUGUAACCUAUCCUGCUUGGUGGCUUUCAUCUCGAGACAUGCACCAGACGGAAAAUUCCUAUUUGUCGAUCAGAGAGUGACACUGGCGUUGGGCUUCCUGCCUCAAGAGUUGCUCGGUAGCAGCGUUUAUGAAUACGUAGGCGCUGGGGAGCUCAGCGUGGUUGCUCGGGCUCACAAGUCCGCGCUCUUACGACGUGCGCCUGCGCGCUCCGGUCCGUAUUGCUUCCGUCGUAAAGACGGUGUAUACGCUCGCCUGCUUACGCACUUCAAACCAUUUCGCAAUCCAUGGACUAAGGACGUAGAGAGUCUUGUAGCCAACAACACGGUGCUGUCUGUUGAUGCCCAGCAAUCAGCUGAGACCGGGUUCGACGGUCAAUCAUACAAGAACUCCAAUCAAUGUGGGUUGCCGUCCCAUUCAGCGGAACCGGAAGUAGAGGCGGAAGCGGAUGUCGAGAUGCAGCGUCUGAUAGACUCGCAGCUUGAAUGCCACAAAGUCGGGUCAACCAUCGCUGAGGAGGCUUUGAGGCGUUCCUCCGCUGACUUCUCGCCAGAACUUCCAGCUGAUUUACUCCAAGACGCCCUCUUCAAUCAGCAGCCAUCAUUGGUAGACAACCUUUUGUGUGCUGAGGCCAGCGCGUACGCACAGGUACGCAACAACGUGCCGCUAAGUGCUGCCGGCGCGCAUGCCUCACCGCCCCCCUCCGCGGAGCUCUCAACCACCCCGCCGCCACCCUCGCCGCCCCUACCCAUCGAUGGCAACGGAGAGGCAGCUAUGGCAGUUAUUAUGAGCCUUCUGGAAGCUGAUGCUGGACUUGGUGGACCAGUUAACUUCUCCGGCUUACCGUGGCCUUUACCUUGA